AUGGGGAGUGGUAGCAGUGAUAGUGGUGGUUUUUGUAAAAAAUGUCAGAAAAAAGUUUCUAAUAAUCGGGAUAGUAGGAUUGAAUUUAGCGAUGUUUUAAAAUUUGUCGAACAUGUUAAAAAUUGUUCCGAAUAUAAAGAAGCCCAAGAAAAAGUUCAAGCCGAACCAAAUAGGUAUGAAUUAAAAGAAAAAAACGGGUGUUGUUGUAGUCAUAGGGAUAAUUUACUUUCUCCUUGUAAUCGAUGGAAAAGCAAAUAUAUUAAUGAAAAUGGCAAAGAGGUAGAUGAAAAAGGUCAAACUCAUGACCAAGUUUGCCGAUGUUCGAGAAGUCGGGGAGGAAUUGUUCUUCCUUACUCACUUUAUGAUGAGUUUUUAAAGGUUAAAUUAGGUCAAGUUUGCCCAAGAUGUCAGGAAGUCAUUGAUGAGGAGUUAGAAAAUUGA